ACACAAUGGCUCAACUACCCCCCUUUGAGCACACGCCCAUGGACGCCAUCGCGCCCACGUGCGCCAAGGUGCGCGCCACCUUUCUCUCGCACAAGACCAGGCCGCUCGAGUUCCGCAUCCAGCAGCUGCGCAAGCUCUACUGGGGCUUCAAGGACAAUGAGGAGCUCAUCAAGGAGGCCUGCAAGCAAGACCUGGGCAAGCCGUCGUUUGAGACGUACCUGACCGAGAUUGCCUGGUGCAUGAACGACUGCAUCUGGAUGGCCAACAAUGUCCCCCGCUUUGCAAAGGACGAGAAGGCACCGGACAUCGCCCUGACCAACAAGUUCAUGAACCCACGCAUCAAGAAGGAUCCACUGGGUGCGGUCUUGAUCAUUGGAGCGUACAACCUCCCCAUCCAACUCACUCUCAGCCCCCUCGUUGGCGCCAUCGCAGCCGGAUGCACUGCGGUCGUCAAGCCUUCUGAAUCCUCGCCCCACGCUGCCGCUAUCAUUGAGAAGAUCCUGCGUGAUUCGCUCGAUCCCGACUGCUACACGUGCAUCCAGGGUGCCAUCCCCGAGACGACGGCUCUGCUGGACCAGAAGUGGGACAAGAUUUUCUACACGGGUGGUGAGGCGGUCGCCAAGAUCAUUGCGAAGAAGGCAGCCGAGACACUCACACCGCUGACUCUGGAGCUGGGCGGCAGGAACCCCGCCAUUGUCACCAAGCAUGCGGAUCCGAAGCUGGCUGCCAGGCGAUUGUUGUGGGCCAAGACACUCAAUUCUGGCCAAGUCUGUCUUAGCCAAAACUGCACAUUUGUCGACCGCGAAAUCCUGCCAGCCUUCCUGGACGAGAUGAAGAAGCAGCUUCAAGAAUUCUACCCGGAAGGUCCGCGCAAGUCGCCCGACUACGGCCGCAUCGUCAAUCUGCGCCAGUUCCAACGCAUAAAGAAGAUGGUCGACGACAGCAACGGUAAGAUUGUUCUUGGUGGCACCAUGGACGAAUCCGAACUCUUCAUCGAGCCCACGGUUGUCCAAAUCAACGACAUGAACGACAGCAUGGUCACCGCUGAAUCCUUUGGUCCGCUUCUACCAGUCCUUCCGGUUGACAACCUCGACGAAGCCAUCAAGAUUGCAAACGAAAUCCACGACACUCCGCUCGGAACCUACGCCUUUGGCUCAAAAGCAGAGAUGGAAAAGAUUCUCAAGGAAACACGCAGUGGCGGUGCCUCACUCAAUGAUGGCUACUUCCACGGCUCCAUCCCCACACUUGCAUUUGGCGGUGUUGGAACGAGUGGUCAGGGCUCUUACCGAGGCAAGGCGAGCUUCGACUGCUUUACUCACCGCAGGAGUGUGACUACCACCCCAGCCUGGCUUGAAAGCCUCAUGGCUGUCAGAUACCCGCCAUACACGCUCAAAAAGCAGAAGGAGUUUGUGAGUAUGAACGACAUGAAGCCAAACUUUGAUCGCGAUGGUCUACCCCUCGGGUGGGGAACAUGGUUUAUGGGCUUUGUCGGCGUGAAGAGUUUGGCUGUUGUUGUUGCGGCCGCUGCCAUCAAAAUAUACCUGCAACGGAGGUCCAAGUUGUAAACAGGAUGACUCGCUUAGUCUUGACGCUUCUGGAUGUUUGGCAUGUUUGUCAGCGCUUGGGUAACUGCAUUCGAAUUUAUGAGUAAAUGCAAGAAUGGAGGUUAUGUAGGGUGUGAGUUGUUUUAUCGUUUGAUACCAGUACCAUGGUUCACGUUGUCUUGGCUAUCUUGGCAUUUCCUCGAUUUUACGAUGACAUCGCUUUGCGAUAUCUAUACUGUUUU